AUUCUUUCCGUUUUCCUAAGUUCUACUCAUUGAUUACAACUCCCCUAUAAAUACCCACAUAGUUCUUUACCAUUUCAUCAUCUUUUAAAUCUUUCAUUCCAUUCCUCACAAAAUAAAAGAAAAAGAAAUGGGAUUCAAAAACAAGCAAAAACCCAACAACAACAAGCCUUCAUCCUUGUUGGAGAGGAACAUCAACAUGAUAUUCCCCCAAGACACCAUGUCCCUUGUUGGAGAUGAGCACGAUAUCCCCCCAAUCACCGUCCUUCCACCACCACCACCACUAAUCUCAUCCUACAACGACCGCAUCCGCCCCCUCCUCGAUGCCGUCGACAAGCUGCGCAACCUCAAAGUCAUGAAGGAAGGAAUUCAGCUACCAACUAUCGUCGUAGUUGGUGAUCAAUCAUCUGGGAAAUCAAGUGUGUUAGAGUCUUUAGCAGGGAUUAGUCUACCUAGAGGACAGGGUAUUUGUACCCGGGUCCCACUCAUUAUGAGGCUUCAGCAUCACCCGAACCCGGACCCGGAACUUUUCCUUGAGUACAUGGGCAAAACCAUGAAGACUGAUGAAGUUAAUGUUUCUGAAGCUAUCAACUCUGCUACUCAAGAAAUAGCAGGAACUGCUAAAGGGAUUAAAAACACCCCCAUAACAUUAGUAGUGAAGAAAAAAGGUGUUCCUGACUUAACCAUGGUCGAUCUUCCGGGUAUAACCCGGGUCCCGGUCCACGGGCAGCCCGAGAAUAUAUAUGAGCAAAUCAGGGAAAUUAUAAUGGAGUAUAUUACACCAGAAGAAAGCAUAAUUCUGAAUGUUUUAUCAGCAAAUGUAGAUUUUUCUACAUGUGAGUCAAUCAUGAUGUCACAGAGUGUUGAUAAAUCAGGUCAGAGGACUCUAGCUGUUGUAACCAAAGCUGAUAAAUCCCCUGAAGGGUUGCUAGAAAAAGUGACCAAUGAUGACGUCAGCAUCGGUCUUGGUUACGUCUGUGUCCGUAACAGGAUCGGAGAAGAAUCGUACGAGGAGGCGAGGUUGGAGGAGGCAAAGCUGUUUGAGUCUAACGUUUUACUGUCAAAGAUUGAUAAAUCGAUUGUUGGUAUACCAGUUUUAGCUCAAAGAUUAGUGAACAUACAAGCUACAAUCAUCUCAAAGUGUUUGCCAAACAUUGUGAAGCAAAUCAAUGAGAAAUUGAACUUGAAUGUUGAUGAGGUUAACAAGAUGCCUAAGAACUUGUCUUCUGUAGCUGAAGCUAUGGCAGCUUUCAUGCAGGUUAUGGGGUUAGUGAAGGAAUCACUUCGAAAGAUUCUGAUACGAGGUGAAUAUGAUGAGUACCCUGAAGAUUUGGAGAUGCAUUGUACUGCUCGUUUAGCUGAGAUGUUAGAUGGGUUAUCUUCUUCAACAAAGAUAACAGAGAAGGCUAAUGAUGAGGUUAAGUCUGGUAAUUUUCUACUCGAAGAAAUUCGUGUUCUUGAGGAAGCUAAAGGAAUAGGGCUACCUAAUUUCCUCCCUCGAACAGCUUUUCUGACAGUAUUGCAGAAGAAAGUUCAGGGGAUUUCUCAGACUCCUGUUGAUUUCAUGAACAAGGUUUGGGGUUACAUAGAAAGUGUACUUUUCGCGGUUUUAGUUCGUCAUUGUGAGAAUUACCCAACACUUCAGUGUUCUAGCAAAAGAGCAGCUGGUAAUUUGAUUGCUAAGAUGAAAGAAGAGUCGAUUUUCCGUGUUAAAGAGAUUGUUCAGAUGGAGAAGUUAGCUGAUUAUACUUGUGACCCUGAAUAUAUAUCUGUAUGGAAUCGGCUUAUGCUGUGUCAGGACACCUUCCUCAAAAUUGUGCAAGGUACCUUGAAAGAUUGCUUGAAUCGUAAGGAAACUUUCAUGGAAAUUGAAGGGGUUGGAAGAGUUGAUCUUGCACAUGUAGAGAAGUAUAAGGAUGUAGCUUUGCAAGCAUUUGACAUGAAAAUGAGAAUGAUUUCUUACUGGAAGAUUGUACUAAAGAGGUUGACUGAUUCCAUGGCAUUAUAUUUACUUUUCAGCAUUCAUAACUUGGUGAACGAGGACUUGGAGAUUGAGAUUGUGAAUGAGUUGAUUGGUUAUGGUGGAGGGAUUGAGCGGAUGCUUGAAGAAUCGCCUUCUGUAGCAGGGAAGCGUGACAGGUUGUUGAAGAGUAUUAAGCUGCUUAAGGAAUCGAAGGAAGUUCUUGCUAAGAUCAUGGACAGGAUUGCAGUUAUUGAGUGAAUGAAUCCUGAUAUGAUGAACAAUUGAGGGUUGGGAGUUAUAUGAAUGUGUCUUUUAUCUUAUGCUUUUAGUUUUAUGCGUUCUUUUUUUUCUUUUCUUCCAAAAAAUAAGGUGCGAGUUUGAUUUGUUGCUGGCUUUUGGAGUUAUGGUUAUGAGUACUUUAAUCUUGAUCAAUAUGGAUGUCAUUCCUGAUAA